AUGUGCUGCUAUCAUAUCGAUGGAUAUAUAAAAGAAACCUUCUUCUCAUCUGAUAGAGAAACCAAAGUCACAACACAGCGAAUCUCAGCCUGUCAUGCGCUCAUCCUCCAGUUACUCCUGGCCUUGUCAACAUUGGCAGCGGACGCGCUGGCCGCCUCGUUGCACUGCAAAUGUACUCCAAACGACCCCUGUUGGCCAUCGGCUUCGGACUGGAACUCACUAAACCACACCCCGGCCGUAUCCGGCCGCCUCAUUAGCACUGUCCCAGUCGCAUCAGUCUGCUACCCAUCCCAGACAGAUUACGACGAAGAGGCCUGCAACGCUGUUCGUGGCAAUUGGACAAGCUGGCCCUUCCACUCCAGCAACUCGGCAAGCACUGGCAACCCAGCCUGGGAUCGCGCUUGCACCCCGAUCUAUCCCAAUGGAACGAGCCUCACGGGAAACCCUAAUGCUGGGGAAGAAGGCUGCUCGAUUGGAAAUUACCCACCGUAUGUUGUCAAUGCCACGGAGACUGCUCAUGUGCAGGCUGCAGUGAGGUUUGCCAGAAAGUGGAAUCUGCGUCUGAACGUCAAAAACACUGGCCAUAGUAAAGGACGAAGCAUUGCCUCUGGAAAUCUGUCGAUCUGGACCCAUCACAUGAAGGACUUCCAAUUCCACGAAAAGUUCCAGCCAGCAUCUUGUCACGGUGAGGAGGCAAUCAUGGCAGCGACCGUGGGCGCUGGGACUCACGACGGCGAGUUAUACGCCGCAAUGGCGGAACAUGAUGCGCUGGCAGUGGGAGGCGAGAACACAGACGUCGGAGUAGUCGGAUGGGCCACUGGCGGUGGACAUGGCCUCGCAACCGGCGAAUACGGCAUGGGAGCAGACAACAUCAUUGAAGUUACUGUCGUAACCCUCGACGGAAAUAUCGUCACCGCAAACGCCUGCCAGAACGAAGACCUGUUCUGGGCAAUUUGA